AUUAGAAUGGAUAUGAUGGUGAGGCAAUCAAAUAGAAGAGUGGCUUGUGAAAGGUGGAAGGAUUUGGUUGGACCAAGAAUCAAGAAGAUCAUUGACAAGAUUGGUCAGAGAGCAACUGAAUACAGAGCACAUAGAGCUGGGGAGUUCAUAUUCCAGAUCACUGGCUGUGGAGAGCAUGGCAGCAAGCAUGCUGUAGAUCUGGGCCUUCAUACUUGCACCUGUAAGAGGUGGCAGCUGAGUGGGAUACCCUGUGUUCAUGCCGUCUGUGCAUUAAGAUUCAAGAAACAGGAAGUUGCAUUAUAUUGUCAUGACUAUCUUAUGCCCUCAACCUAUAUGGAGGCCUACAACCCCAUAAUCUACCCUAUUGCUGGCCAAGAGGAUUGGGAACCUGUUGAUUACCCCAUUGCACCUCCACUUUUCAAGCAGCAACCUGGUCGGCCUAAGAUGAAAAGGGUGAAGGAACCAGGAGAGAGGAAUCAGACCACAGCCCCACCUGCACCUAAAGAAGGGAAGUUGCCUAAGACUGGUAUAAAAAUGUCUUGUAGAGUAUGUGGCCAACAAGGACACAACAAGUUAGGUUGUCCAAUCACAAAGGCAGCUAAGGCAGCAGCAACUGUAAGUCCUUAAUAAUGAGGUUUUUUAUGGAGCAAACUUCCAUUUACUUUGUGUAUGUGCACUAACAGUUUCUUGUAAAUUUCAACAGGGAGAGGGUUCAUCUAAUGGAGCAAAUCCUAGUAACAAAAGGAAGAGAACCAACAACAAGCCCAAGAGAGCAUCUUUUCCAAAGGGGUGUUCUAACUUGAAGGACCAAAUCAUAAGGUCAAGAAAGACUUGGAAGAAGAUGAAGGAAACUGCUGGU